AUGUCGACGAAGGACUCCUCACAAAUCUGGCACCAGUUCGCUGCUGCUGCUGGCCUACCAGUCGAUGGUCAACAUUCUCGAGCGAGUAGAGGUCGAGCCAAAUUAUUUCCGAGAGAGUCGUUUCCUUCCUACCAUAUGGCGGUCAACAAUUAUCCAGUACGCAGGUCUCGAACAGAUGAACAUCACAGACAGAGUGACGGGUCUUCCGAAACAGAUAACAAAUCGAUGCAUGAAGGUUUUCAAAAAGAGAAUGUCGUUCCAGCAAUCGAUACAAGCCAUCAUCAAACCGUUGAUCCGGCCAGGGUCCAAGGAACUGUCUCAAAGAAGUUUGUGCCGGGCAGGCUGACAAGACUCAGAAAUCUCACCUGGUCUGAUGGCUGUCGGGAGCAUACACGCAUGGCGUUUGACUUGGAACCAGUUUUUGCAGACUCGAGGCAUAAAGAUGGCUUCUGGGUGGAGAUCAGGAACGCGAGCACACACUUCUCCAGUUCUCCUGAACCUUCCGUCAUUGAAAUCGAUGAUGUCCAGGAUGAGACAGGUCUGGAAAGCGAUGUUCAAAGCCGGCAACAUGGACACAGCCGCCAGCCUUCACGAGAGUCGGCAUCGUCUCAGUCCGAGAAAACCCCACGAUUCGUUUCCCAGACGCAACGAGAGCCUUUGGCUGAGAUCUAUGCUCGAAGCUCGCCCGAUCAGUAUCAGGAAACCUCGAGAGCGAUCCAGCCCACGCCUCUCAUAGAUAACAAAGAACUUAUGCCUGGUACUGCGUCCCAGGCCAGUGACGAAUAUUCAAACGAGGCAGGCAAGGCAGGGAGGCCUCACAAUAUCAGCGUGCAGGAUCCAGCAAUUGUUGAAUGCCGCCACUCUGAUAAUCACGUCGAAAAGUCCCCUCACAAGGACCACCAUAUCCAGCCUUUGACGAGUACUGAGCGUGGUCGGUUUGAGGAGAUAGUGAAUCGUCUUCGAAAUGCAAAGAAGAUGGACAAGCAGGGCCUAUCUUCAACUUGCGGACGGUUGAACCCCAGAGCGUCCGAGUUCUGCUUCCACCAAACUGGCCCAGCCACAAUCGCAGGAACAGUCCUUGAGAAACCGUCUCGUCUUCCUCUAGCGAUGGAUCUUUUUCAGCAACCAACGACUCAAGAGUAUUCCCAAUACAACGCAACCGCAGAAACCGGGCCUGGUAUAAUGCCGAGCCUGCUCGACAAUCCUUGCAGGAUCGAUUUGUCAACUCAGCCUUCUUUCCCUACGAAUUCCAAUGCUCUGCCCGUGCUGCAGAACGAUAUCCAAGCUGGCCCUUUUCCUGGAGCAACCCAAAGCUCUUAUGUCUUGGCUCCUCCGCUUCAGGCCUUGCCAUAUGCCGCUCCACAGCCCGUCACAUAUGGGCUCUUGACCCCAACUCCAGGGUCACUUCCUCCCAUCCUUUCUACACCAUACCUCCCGCAGACCCAUGUGCCGCAACUUGUGCCUCUCCCGCCAGUACAACCUGUUGCACUGGCGCAACCUGCUCUGCCUAUGAUGGGCCUUACGAAUCCAGUAGCCAACAGCAUCGGCGCCGGCCCAGGACCUAGACCCCCACCACGUCCGAAACAACCAGAUACGGCAGGGCAAAUCAAUUGGGAGCGGUGGCAUGAAGAGUUCAAAGCCGCCAACCCUGAGUACGCGCGGAAGUGCCGACAGCGACAGCAACGGCGAUACGAGAAGGGGGCAUGCCCGGGACUGGUCCGGAACAAUCCCGCCGCCAAGUCUACACAACUCCAAACCACUCAAGAAGGUCCAGUUUCGACCAACGACCCUUCGCAGCCUGGCUUUGAGAGAAACACUGCGGAGGUUUCAAACACUGAGACUGUUGCCAAUGUUACCGCCAGGGAACCAGCCAACCUGCCGGGCUCUGGCGACCCCGUUACAAGUGAUCGCAAUGCAAGCUCAACGGAAGGCGGCAUUCCAAGGUCCUCAGCGGCUGCCUCCACCUUAGCAAGCAGUAAUCGAAGCACAAGCAUCUCGCAACAAGAACCGGCACCAAGAGCAACACUGGAAACGCAAGCUGGUGCUGGUGUCGCGAAGGCCGAGAGCCACGGUGCGCCUGACUAUGAGAAACAUGAGGCAUGA